AUGGCUGCAAGUAAUUAUUAUGGAUUUACGCAUGGCCCCGGCCCACAGUACAGUGCCCCGCCCCCCACUGCAUAUUCACAUCCAACUUCAGCCAGUUAUACAGUGCAGCCUGCGGGGGGCGUGGCCCAUGCAGUGACUGCCUCCUAUGCACCUCCCACUGCACAAGCAGCCAGGCCAGUAGCUUCAGCACCUUACCCUGUCUAUCAGACGCACCCCACCCCUGAUUACGCCUACCGACAGCAAGAGCCCGCCCCCCAGCCCAGCAGCACCCCCCAGACGUACCAAGUGUUCACAGAGACGGAGAAUUACAGUUAUGGCCGUCCAGUGUCGGUGAGCACUUAUGAAAAUAAACAGUACUACCAGACGAGCAUCGCGCCUGCACAGCGCGCCCCGUCUGAGGCCUACUUCCAAACAGGUUUGAAAAGUGGCUAUAGUCCAGUCAGCACUGUGUACAGUCAGCCUCCGCCACAGAGGCAGCUAACGACGUUAAAACCACUCACUCCUGCCAGCUCAGUCUCCAACACCUACAACAUCUACCAACCUGUUUCAACCAGCGUUCAGCAGCCGCAAACUCCCAUAUCCACCUACACGCCCAGCUCCUCUUACACGUCCACUGCUCCCACCUCCUACUCAGUUGGGCUGAACUAUUCCACGUACGAGUCGAGCGGCUACACCUCCUCGCCCUCCUACUACCAGCCGACUCAGCAACCUCCGCCUCAGCAGCAACCCCCCCAGCUGCCUCCCCAACAGCCUCAGCCCCCCAAACUGCAAACCAACUCCUCCUCCUCCUCCUCCUCCUCCUCCUGGAACAACUCGGGGACCGGCACCGUGUCGGCGCCCGCCGUGAACUCCUACAAAAAACCCAUGUUCCAUCAGAACAAAGUGGCCAAACCCAAAGGCCCCCCCAAGCAGCCGCAGCUCCACUACUGUGACAUCUGUAAGAUCAGCUGUGCUGGACCUCAGACGUACAGGGAGCACCUGGAGGGUCAGAAACACAAAAAGAAAGAGUCGGCGCUGAAGUCGGGGAGCCAGGCGAGUAACGGGCCUCGUGGCGUCCAGACGCAGCUGCGCUGUGAGCUGUGUGACGUGUCCUGCACCGGAGCCGACGCCUACGCCGCCCACAUCAGAGGGGCCAAACACCAGAAGGUGGUGAAGCUUCACACAAAGCUGGGCAAACCCAUACCCUCCACCGAGCCCGUUUUGGUGAACUCCGCCCCUGUCGCCAUAACAACAACCGCCAGUAAAACCCCGCCUGUAACUGUCACCUCUUCCGUCGCCACGGUAACUCCACAGAAACCAACGACGACCAACGCGGCCAAGACCCAAACGCCUAACGCGAAGAAACCGGUCCCACCUAAAGUCACAGCGACAGCCAGUAAAGCAGCCCCAGCAGUGGCAGUGAAGGUGGAGGAGACUAAACCUGUGGUUUUGAAGUCGGACCCACAGAGUGAUGAGGAUGACGGUGAAGGAGCAGGUGGGACAGGAGACAUCAGGCCUGUGGGCCACGACUACGUGGAGGAGGUGCGUAAUGAUGAGGGGAAGGUGAUCCGUUUCCACUGUAAGCUGUGUGAGUGCAGCUUCAACGACCCCAACGCUAAAGACAUGCACCUUAAAGGUCGCCGGCACCGUCUGCAGUAUAAGAAGAAAGUUAAUCCAGAGCUGGAGGUGGAGAUUAAGCCCAGUAACCGAGCACGGAAGCUUCAGGAAGGAAAACUCCGGAAGCAGAAACAGAGAGCCGUACUGAAGAGACAGCACGAAGAUGAACAGCGCUGGCACCUUGAGAUGAGGCGUUAUGAGGAGGACCUGUACUGGCGCAGGGUGGAGGAGGAGCAGUUGUACUGGGGGGAGCAGAGAAGACGAAUGGCCCCCCCGCCACUCAUGAGCCGACCAGGCAUGCCCGUGCCCCCCCUACUGCCUGUUCGGAGGCCGGACUCCCCGGACGACAGGCACAUUAUGGCCAAGCACUCCACCAUCUACCCUGUGGAGGAGGAGCUGCAGGCGGUGCAGCGGGUGGUGUCACACUCAGAGAGGGCUCUAAAGCUCGUCUCUGAUUCGCUGCUGGAAAAAGAGGCCUCAGCGGACGACAAAAACACGACGGACAAACAAGUGGACCCCCAGGCGCGAGUGCUGAAGGGCGUGAUGCGGGUCGGGGUCCUGGCGAAAGGCCUGCUCUUACACGGAGACCGGGACGUCCAGCUCAUCCUCCUCGCCGCCAAGAAACCCACCGUCUCUCUCCUGAAGAGCAUCGCCGAGCAGCUGCCCAAGCACCUGGCGACGUUUUCUGAGGAUCAGUACCAAGUGCAGGGUCAACCUGACGAAGCCAACAUCCUGAUUUUUUCAAGCAAGGAACCAAAAAUGCAGGUGACCAUCUCUCUAACGUCGCCAGUGAUGCGAGAGGACCCCGCGCCCAGCCCGGACGACAAGGCGGGCGACAAAACGCCCGAGAAAGGUGCUAAAGAGAAGGACCCACCAGAUGUGCUGGACAGGAAGAAAUGCUUGGAGUAUUUGGCUGCGUUGCGCCACGCAAAGUGGUUUCAGGCUAGAGCCAAUGGUCUGCAGUCGUGUGUAAUCAUCAUCCGCAUUCUCCGUGACCUGUGCCAACGGGUGCCAACCUGGGGCAAAAUGCCUGACUGGGCAAUGGAACUGCUUGUAGAAAAAGCCAUCAGCAGUGCAUCUGGACCCCUGACUCCUGGAGAGGCCAUGAGGAGAGUUCUAGAAUGCAUUGCCAGCGGAAUCCUGUUGCCAGACGGUCCUGGUUUGUUGGAUCCAUGUGAAAAAGAGCCGACAGACACUCUCAGCUGCAUGAGCAGACAGGCCAGAGAGGAGGUGACUGCCAGUGCCCAGCAUGCGUUGAGGUUGCUCGCCUUUCGGCAGAUCCAUAAAGUUCUGGGAAUGGAGUCGUUACCGGCGUCCAAAGCCAGCGCUCGUAACCGCAAACGCCGGCGGGACGGGACGGAAACGGGAGAGGGGGAAGGGGAGGGAAAGAAAGAUAAGAAGGAGGAGUCGGAGGCCGCAUGAGGGCCGUCUUCACCUCAGACUUUCUCAUCCACACAAACUCACACCAUUUAUUUUGUCGUUUUAACAUCUCACCACUCAGCUCAGCUCAGCGAACAGGAACAGGCGUCUCUCUCACGAAAAAAAAACGCGGAAAGGGAGGCUGAAAUGAACGGUGCACUAGUUCACGGUGUACAAUGUCAUGUAAUGUUCUGUUCACAGUGUACAAUGUUAUGUAAUGUUCCGUUCACAGUGUGUAAUGUUAUGUAGCCUUUGUUGCAGCCAUGUUGAAAACAGGAUGAACGAAGACUGAAACUAAGGCUGAGGGGAUUCGACAGUAUCGUCAUUCCGUUAGAAUAAACAGUGGACGUGAGUCUAAACAAACAAACAAACAAACAAACAAACAUCCAAACAGCUCGCGCUUACCUAACAUCCAAACAGGACACUUACCUUCAUUCUAAUACUCUUAAACCUGUCUGUAACCUCAAACCAGGCCAGUAACAAGCCUUUUUACUACAUGGAAAAAGAAAAAAAGCCACAUUAAAUGUUGUUUAUAAGGGUUGUUUGGGAAGGGUUGUUUGGUAUGUCUGCUGUUGCAUAGAAAGGACUGUCACUUCAGAAAUGGCCUGUUGGU